UCUUCUCUUGUUCUUCAAUUUUUUGGUGACGCUCCAAAUUCGGUGACGCUCAAAUUCGGUGACGCCUCCCACCUCAAAUUCGGUGACGCUCCAAAUCCUUCUUCUCUCAAGUUGCUCCUUCCUUCUGUUCUUUCUUUUCUCGGCCUCAAAAUUGAUGACGCUCUAUAUUGUCAAAGAUGGGACAAAUCGAGUCACGAGUUUUAUCAUGGUGGUAGUGGGUGGUAAUCGACACCCGUUCCGAGAAAGAAGAGUUAGAAGACAAUGAAGAGAGAGAGAAAAGUGAAGAAAGUCAUACAUAUAUAUAUGGUGAUGACUGAUUACCACAGUAUACCAUAUGGUAAUGUGUGGUAACGAAAUGUAUUUUUAUGAAUAUCAUGUUUUACU